AGUAAGACACCGAACCCCAUCAGGACGGAGGAGGAAAUCCACAUCUGUGGGACUCUCGGCGCAGAACCACCACCUCCAGCGAGGGAGGCCCGGGGACUGCAGCAGCGAGAUGAAGAAGGGCUAGAGCGCGGGGACGCUGCUCAUGCGACGGCCGGGAGCGCCUGUGAGCUGGAUCUGCUGGAGGAUGCUGCGGCAGGUGCUUCGCAGAGGGCUCCAGUCGUUCUGCCACAGGCUGGGCUUGUGCGUGAGCCGGCACCCGGUCUUUUUCCUCACCGUGCCGGCAGUCCUGACCAUCACCUUCGGCCUCAGCGCGCUCAACCGCUUCCAGCCCGAGGGCGACCUGGAGCGCCUGGUUGCUCCCAGCCACAGCCUGGCCAAGAUCGAGCGCAGCCUAGCCAGCAGCCUUUUCCCCCUGGACCAGUCCAAAAGCCAGCUCUAUUCGGACUUACACACCCCUGGGAGGUAUGGCAGGGUGAUCCUCCUCUCCCCACCCGGGGACAAUAUUUUGCUCCAGGCUGAGGGGAUCCUGCAGACCCACCGAGCCGUGCUGGAAAUGAAGGAUGGGAGGAACAGUUUUAUUGGACACCAGCUGGGCGGGGUAGUGGAAGUGCCAAACAGCAAAGACCAGCGGGUCAAGUCAGCCAGAGCCAUUCAAAUCACCUACUACCUCCAGACCUAUGGCUCGGCCACCCAAGACCUCAUAGGGGAGAAGUGGGAGAAUGAGUUCUGUAAGCUUAUGAGAAAGCUCCAGGAGGAGCAUCAAGACCUCCAACUCUACUCUUUAGCAUCCUUUAGCCUCUGGAGAGACUUUCAUAAGACCAGCAUCCUAGCCAGAAGCAAAGUCCUAGUGAGCCUCGUGCUGAUACUGACCACAGCCACCCUCUCCAGCUCCAUGAAGGACUGUUUGCGCAGUAAGCCUUUCCUGGGCCUCCUGGGGGUGCUCACAGUGUGCAUCUCCAUCAUCACUGCAGCAGGAAUCUUCUUCAUCACCGAUGGAAAGUACAACUCCACCUUGCUCGGAAUCCCGUUCUUCGCCAUGGGUCAUGGAACUAAAGGAGUUUUUGAGCUUCUGUCUGGAUGGCGGAGAACCAAAGAGAAUUUACCAUUCAAAGACAGGGUAGCAGACGCCUACUCUGAUGUAAUGGUGACCUAUACCAUGACCAGCUCCCUGUACUUGAUCACCUUUGGCAUGGGUGCCAGCCCCUUCACUAACAUAGAGGCGGUGAAGAUCUUCUGUCAGAACAUGUGUGUCUCUAUUCUAUUGAACUAUUUCUACAUUUUCUCUUUCUUUGGCUCCUGUCUGGUCUUUGCUGGCCAACUAGAGCAAAACCGAUACCACAGUAUCUUUUGCUGUAAAAUCCCUUCUGCAGAAUAUCUGGACCGCAAACCUGUGUGGUUCCAGACAGUGAUGAGUGAUGGACACCAACAGACAUCUCACCAUGAGACAAACCCCUACCAGCACCAUUUCAUUCAGCACUUCCUCCGUGAACAUUACAACGAAUGGAUCACCAACAUCUACGUGAAGCCAUUUGUGGUCAUCCUCUAUCUCAUCUAUGUCUCGUUCUCCUUCAUGGGGUGCUUGCAGAUCAGUGAUGGCACCAGCAUCAUCAACCUACUAGCCAGUGACUCCCCAAGUGUUUCCUAUGCCCUGGUUCAGCAAAAAUAUUUCAGCAACUAUAGUCCCGUGAUAGGAUUCUAUGUCUAUGAGCCCCUGGAGUACUGGAACAGCAAUGUCCAGGAGGAUCUGCGGAGGCUUUGUAGUGGGUUCACGGCAGUGUCCUGGGUGGAACAGUACUACCAGUUUCUGAAAGUCAGCAACAUCAGUGCCAAUAACAAGACUGACUUCAUCAGUGUCCUACAAAGCUUGUUUUUAAAAAAGCCGGAAUUCCAGCAUUUUCGAAACGACAUCAUCUUCUCCAAAGCAGGGGACGAAAACAAUAUAAUUGCUUCUCGCUUGUAUCUGGUGGCCAGAACUAGCAGAGACAAGCAGAAGGAAGUCAUCGAAGUGUUGGAAAAGUUGAGGCCCUUGUCCCUCUCCAAGAGCAUUCGGUUCAUUGUGUUCAAUCCUUCCUUUGUUUUCACGGACCAUUACAGUUUGUCAGUCACCGUGCCUGUUCUGAUUGCAGGCUUCGGGGUUCUCCUGGUGUUAAUCCUGACUUUUUUCCUCGUGAUCCAUCCUCUGGGAAACUUCUGGCUAAUUCUUAGUGUCACCUCAAUUGAGCUGGGCGUUCUGGGCUUAAUGACAUUGUGGAACGUCGACAUGGAUUGCAUUUCUAUCUUGUGCCUUAUUUACACUUUAAAUUUCGCCAUUGACCACUGUGCACCACUGCUUUACACAUUUGUAUUAGCAACUGAGCACACCCGAACACAGUGUAUAAAGAGUUCCCUGCAAGAGCAUGGGACAGCCAUUUUGCAAAAUAUUUCUUCUUUUCUUAUUGGGUUGGUCCCUCUCCUAUUCGUGCCUUCAAACCUGACCUUCACACUGUUCAAAUGCUUGCUGCUGACCGGGGGUUGCACACUUCUGCACUGUUUUGUUAUUUUACCUGUGUUCCUAACCUUUUUCCCUCCUUCCAAAAAGCACCACAAGAAAAAGAAACGUGCCAAACGAAAGGAAAGAGAGGAGAUUGAAUGUAUAGAAAUUCAAGAGAACCCUGAUCAUGUCACCACAGUCUGAGGGGUGGAUACAGAUGGAUUCUUUUUCUUUUCCAGUAUUGCACAAGGAUGCAGGCCAAGUAAGGCUCAGACCUCAGCUGCUUGGGCUGGCCCGGGGUAACAAGGCAAGGCAGAUCAAAAGUGCAUUAUAUACGACACUUUCAGGUGUCUGCUUCUUGCAGGGGGGGAAGAGAAUGAAAAGGGGGGAAGUUCUUUGCAACCUUGUUCUCCGUGAAAGAUAAAUUUCCAGACAUGAUCUUAGAGCUCUUCCAAGGAAUGGAUGAAUCAAUGAAGUGGUAAGACAGAAAGCGAUCAGAUCCAAGUGCUGCAAAAGAAAUGCUUAGAAGACCGGAGAAGAGAGAAAAGGUGGUCUCCAAAUAGGGAGAAAGACAUAAGAAAUGUCAAAAUUGCCAUGUCACUUUUCAUGCUUGUGUUUUUGAACAGGUCGGUCAAAGUAAACCUAUGCACACAGGAAGUACAUAUUUAAUCCUGUCUAAACCAAAGGACUUCCCAAUCCAUUUUCUGUGUACAUAUAUAUGUAUAUUGCCAUAUAUACAUAUACUUAGAUUUGUCUUUAGUGUACACUGGUGUUUGUGUGAAGGAAGGUGUCCAUUUGCAGAUAGGCUGGCCUUUCUCCACAGAGCCAAAUCUGCUUUAGCCAAAUAUUUAAGCUCAUUUAGAGAUGAUUUGACAUAUAUAAGCUCACCAGUGGCCAAUCAAAAUCAGCUCAACUGUCCAGACAGCAAGAAUGUAUUCAGCUGUGUGGUAACAAAACCAGAAACUGUAAUCCAUUAAGUUCUAUAUGCCAUGUUGUUGGUCAUUGAGACUUUAACUUUGGGAUGACUUAGCAAAACUAUAAAAGGCAAUUGAAUUCAUUGCCACAUGAACAGUGUUUAAAAAUAUCAUAUUAGAGUUAAACUAGCUGAGAUGGCUUAUCAUUGGCCCUUACAAUUUCUCUAUAUUUGGAAAGGCAACGUGGCUGGUUUCAAAGAGCUCACCCACCUGCAAAUGAGCACUUUACCCAUAUUGUCCCUAUGUGUUUGUAUGUAAGGGUUUGCAGUGUGAGAGAGAGAGAAAACGAGAGCUAACAUUCCAUAGUUACAGCAUCCUUAUUUUAUAUGGUGAAAAUACACUGCUGUAAAAUUUAGUAACUGACACAGAGAAAGGAAAUACACCAGGAAUCUUGGAGUGAAAUAGGCCAUCACCACUCAUCAAAAGGUCCUUAGUGUAAGGAAAAUAUUCCAGUGCUGUAAACUCUAGUGUGUUCCUUGCAUUACAUUUAAAACAUUAACCCAGGCCAUGACCACUUUGAAGGUGAUAACCAUAAUGACUGCAAUAUCAUUUUGUAGCUUCUUACUAUAUCAUUAUUUUGUUACCCAGAAAGUAACCUCUAAGGUAAACGUAGCCCUCUAUAGGUCGUUCCCUAACUGUAUAUAACAGACAGAUGUUGAAUUCUCCUCCCCCCCCCCAAAAAAAGAAUGAAGAAAACAUUUCCACUGAGUUAAAGUUUAAAACUACUACUCCCCCGGAGGUAGAUUCAACCUGCUGGGUACUUUCAUGGAUUAAUGCUGUGCUUCCUGUUGGAGAAAAAAAAUCACUAGAAAAUGCCCUUUCCAUACUAACUAGUGAUAUAGGUAACAAUUUAUUUCCAGGUAGGAUGGAACAAAUGUCCAACAAUUAGAAAAUCUGCUAAUAAGCUCUUUUUCCUGGAAGAAAUUGCUAUUUCCUACCAAUUUUGGUUGUAUGUUUUCAUUGCAUUAUUAUAUUAUAGCUAACAAAGCAAAACAAAAAUUCCUAAACUUAUUUUAAGUUCAAAAAUGAUAUAUGAUCAAUUCCAUGCUCAUUAUAGUCUUUGGAAGUGACAACAGCUUUUUUUGUAAAUGAGGCACCAAAAUAUGAAGAGAAAGGGGACCAGAUUCGAAAAUGAAAGUCACUUAAAUAAAAAUUCGUUUUAUUGAAUGGAGCUUGUUUUGUCCUACCUUAAGGUUUCAAUUUCUUUCCCAUUCUGUUCAUUUGGACACAACGCCUAGAGAAUUGAGUAUGGAAAAUUAACUGCCCAUAACCACUGUGUUUGUAAAGUCACGUCACAGAUCACACUAGCCUUUUACCUCAUGCCAGGGUGA